AUGGCUGCCUCCGUCUCCGGGUCUGCUGAGUCCCUUCAUGAGGGUUUUGGGUGCAAAUUCAGUGUCCCUUUGCUCCUGGUAAUUCCUGGAGGUUGGCAACCCUAGUCAACAGCCUUGCUCAGGUAUAGGUAUGACUGCGGAGAGCACAGCAUGCAGUUAAUAGUGCCUCCUAAGCCAAGCCUUUCGGUACGCUUUAAAGUUGUGGAUGAAUUUGGGACAGCCUUUGAAGUCACAAAUUGUUCUAUCUGCCUUCACUGGGUCACAUCCAAUGAAGAUGGAGCAGUAUUUUCUGCUGGUUACCAAGGCUGCCACGUGUACCGCAAGGAUGGCUACAACCGUCUGAUGGUCCGAGUAGAGGAAAUGACAGGAAAUGGACGUGUUGCUGCUUUUCAUGAUAUCAACAUGGUCUGCCCGAAACCAGAAGAAAACUUCUUGACACCAGAGGACGGCAUGCGACGUGUGCCCCAGCCGCCACAGCCUGUCCUGGUGCGCCCAGUGCCUCCUCAACCACAGCCUGGCAUGGUGCGCCCGGUGCCUGCUGAGCCCCAGCCUGCUGAGCCCCAGCCGGGCCUGGGGCGCCCGGUGCCUGCCGAGCCCCAGCCGGGCCUGGGGCGCCCGGUGCCUGCCGAGCCCCAGCCGGGCCUGGGGCGCCCGGUGCCUGCCGAGCCCCAGCCGGGCCUGGGGCGCCCGGUGCCUGCCGAGCCCCAGCCGGGCCUGGGGCGCCCGGUGCCUGCCGAGCCCCAGCCGGGCCUGGGGCGCCCGGUGCCUGCUGAGCCCCAGCUGGGCCUGGGGCGUCCAGUGCCUGCUCAGCCCCAACCUGGACUGGUGCACCCAGUGCCUCCUCAGCCUGGCAUGGUGCGUCCAGUGCCUGCUCAGCCCCAACCUGGACUGGGGCGCCCAGUGCCUCCUCAGCCUGGCCUGGAGCGCCCAGUGCCUGCUCAGCCCCAGCCAGGCCUGGGGCGCCCACUGCCUCCUCAGCCCCAACCUGGACUGGGGCGCCCAGUGCCUCCUCAGCCCCAGCCGGGCCUGGGGCGCCCGGUGCCUGCUCAGCCCCAACCUGGCCUGGGGCACCCGCUGCCUGCUCGGCCUCAGCCUGGACUGGUGCACCCGGUGCCGCCUCAGCCUGGCAUGGUGCGCCCGGUACCUGCUCAUAUCCAACCUGGACUGGUGCACCAGGUGCCGCCUCAGCCGGGCCUGGGGCGCCCAGUGCCUGCUCAGCCCCAGCCGGGCCUGGGGCGCCCAGUGCCUGCUCAGCCCCAGCCGGGCCUGGGGCGCCCGCUGCCUGCUCAGCCCCAACCUGGACUGGGGCGCCCAGUGCCUGCUCAGCCCCAGCCGGGCCUGGGGCGCCCGCUGCCUGCUCAGCCCCAGCCGGGCCUGGGGCGCCCGCUGCCUGCUCAGCCCCAGCCUGGCCUGGGGCGCCCGCUGCCGCCUCAGCCCCAGCCUGGCCUGGGGCGCCCGCUGCCUGCUCAGCCCCAACCUGGACUGGGGCGCCCAGUGCCUGCUCAGCCCCAGCCUGGCCUGGGGCGCCCGCUGCCGCCUCAGCCCCAGCCGGGCCUGGGGCGCCCAGUGCCUGCUCAGCCCCAGCCGGGCCUGGGGCGCCCGCUGCCUGCUCAGCCCCAACCUGGACUGUGGCGCCCAGUGCCUGCUCAGCCCCAGCCUGGCCUGGGCCGCCCGCUGCCGCCUCAGCCCCAGCCUGGCCUGGGGCGCCCGCUGCCGCCUCAGCCCCAGCCAGGCCUGGGGCGCCCGCUGCCUGCUCAGCCCCAACCUGGCCUGGGGCGCCCGCUGCCAGCUCAGCCUCAACAUGGCCUGGUGCGCCCGCUGCCUCCUCAGCCUCAACCUGGCCUGGCGCGCCCGCCGCCUCAGCUAUAUCCUCCAAUAUACAACAUAGGCACACAUUUAACAAUGGAACAAUGUCGAGUUCUGGGCAGUAAAAUCCCUUGUGCAGACACCGAUGAUCAAGCAACUUGCCGCCAAGCUAGCUGCUGCUAUGAUGACAGUGACUUUAGUACUCCUUGUUACUAUGGACACACAGUCACUGUUCAGUGCCUUACGGACGGCCACUUCAUCCUUGUUGUCUCUAGGGACAUGUUGGACUACCCAGUUGUUCUUGACACUGUUAAGUUGUCUUAUGCCCAAGCAGGGUGUGACCCUGUCAGGAGAACAGAGGCUUUCCUUGUCUUCCGCUUCCCCCUGACCCAGUGUGGCACAACUGUCCAGGUGAUUGGUGACAAACUAAUUUAUGAAAAUCAGUUAAUCUCUGGCAUUGAUAUCCAAAAUGGGCCAGAUGGAUCCAUCACCCGCGACAGCACAUUCAUUCUCCAUGCUCGCUGCAUCUACAAUGCCACCGGCUUCCUGCCAGUCCAGGCUGAAGUCCUCUUGCCUCCCACCCCAGCUCCAAUUUCCCAGAUGGGGCCUCUCCGGCUUGAACUGCGCAUUGCUACAGAUGCCAGUUACAAAACCUAUUACUCAGAUGGAGAUUAUCCUGUGGUGAAGGUACUCAGGGAACCUGUGUACGUGGAGGUUCACAUCCUGCAGAGAAUGGACCCAUCCCUGGUUCUGGUUCUGCAUGACUGUUGGGCUACUCCCAGCGCUAAUCCCCUUGAGCAGCUGCAGUGGCCGAUCCUGGUGGACGGGUGCCCAUUUGAAGGAGACAACUACAGAACCCAGCGGGUGCCCCUGGGGCCUGCCUCAUCCGAGCUGCCUUUUCCCACUCACUACCAGCGCUUCAUCAUUUCUACUUUCACAUUUGUGGAGUCUGGCUCUCAAGCGGUGCUCAGUCAGUUGGUGUACCUCUUCUGUAGUGCAUCAGCCUGCUACCCUUCUCAGUUUGAGCCUUGCCGAGCAACAUGCAGCGCAAGAUCUUCUCCAAGUGAGUGA